AUGCAGGGCCUAGCGGGUGUGGCUCACAGCGAGGUUGAUCUCUCUGUAUUCCCAGAACCUCCUGCUAUACAGAUGAUACAGCUGGCUGGAGAAAUGGCUAAAUUCAGUGGAGGUUAUGAUAACGAUUUUGUAGAUCAACCCCCCAAAUCUUUGGAGUGUUCGAUAUGCCUUUUGACGCUACGAAAUCCCAUGGUCAUCAGUUGCUGUGGUAACCACUAUUGUGAAGCUUGCAUUGGUCAAAUCACUAACAACAGAAAGCCUUGUCCUCUUUGCAAUUCUCCAGACUUCACGACGUUUCUCCACAAGGGUGUGGCCCGAGAGGUGAAUGCCCUGAGGGUGUAUUGUCCCAAGAAGGCCCAGGGCUGUGACUGGCAAGGGGAGCUAGGACAAGUGGACCGCCAUCUCAACCCCACGGCUAACUCUAGGGGAUGUGGCUUUGUCAUGGUUGAGUGCAAGUACAAGUGCGGGGGAUUGUUCGAGCGACGAGUGAUUGCUUCUCAUGAGACUGACGAUUGUGCUAAUCGACUAAUUGAAUUGCAGGUAGCUUUCUUGCUAGAAGAUUAG